CGAUUUUGUGUCAAAGUUUCAUUUUGACCUGAAUGGGAAUGAAUUUACCUUUUCUUCGUCUUCAGCUCAGGAGGAUCACGCCGACCUUAAUCAAACAAACCGAGCAUUGAGUCGCUGAAGCAGGAGUGGAGCAGCGUACGUGGUAAUCCGAGCAGCAAGCAACGCUUGCAGCUGGAGCGUGAGCUACAGUCGGCGCGUCAACAGCUUCAAACGAGUAAUGCAAACAUGAGCGAGGCGCAAAAUCGUGAGCAAAAGUUGCAAAAAGACUUAGCCAAGUUGCAACUGGAACAGCAGCAACAGAGCCGCGACAACGAGGUGGCCAUGAAGGAGCUGCAAGAGCGACUGGAGAUCACAAACACGGAGCUGCAGCACAAGGAGCAGUUGGCACGAGAAAAUGAACAAAAGAUCGCCGACUUGAAGACGCUAGUCGAGGCCAUUCGGGUGGCCAAUGCCAAUUUAUCGGCCAAAAAUGCGGAGCUUUCGACAGUGCUGGAAGUGUUGCAGGCAGAGAAGAACGAAACGAUGCAAAGCUUUGAGUUGUUCGAGAUGGAGGCGGACAUGAAUGCCGGAAGACUUAUUGAGAAGCUGCACGGCAUGAAGCAGGAGCUGGAGCAAACGCACAGCGCACUUAAGUUGGAGAAGAGCAGCAGCAAGCAAUUGCAGGGGCAACUGCAGGAGUUGCAACAAACCGAUCAGAAUUUCCAAGGCACUGCUGUCGAGGUAGCAGAGCAACUGCGUCAGCUGAAUCAGUCGAAUGGUGAAUUGCAGGAAACUAUGCAACAAAAGCAGUACGACAAAAAGCGUAAACAGGUGUAUGAUUACAAAGAAGGUGACUUUGUUGCUGUGAAGCGGACACAAUUCUUUGCUGGAAAGAAAUUACAAAAUAAUUACCUUGGUCCAUAUGAGGUAAUAGAAGUGAAACGCAAUGGGCGUUUUGAAAUCAGAAAAGCUGCACAGACAGAGGGGCCCAAUAUUACUAACACAAGUUCUGACAAUAUGAAGCUGUGGCAGUACGUCGGGUACAACGAUGAUUGUUUGUCGUCUGGGACAGACGAUGCUUAUCAGGAUGGCCGAAUGUGAAGUAUGGCACUACUGGUUGCUGGUAACGAGUGGCAACGCGAGCUUAGUGAAAGGAUAUGGGAGCACUGAUCACGAAAGCAAGAUCGACGAGAAGGGAGUUGGUGUGUCGGCGUUGACAGGAACAGUUGUCCUCUAAUCGUGUUGAUCAUUAAUCUGUUAAAUUUAUCAUUACUUCAUCACUUUUAUAUUUUCUAUCAAUAAAUUACUCUACUUUGUU